AUGGAGAAACCCAAAUCAAAUGCUGAAAGGGACAUGAGGAAGAGCCAAUGGGACAACAAGGAGAAAGGAGUUUGGAGAUGUCUUUUCCAAGGAGUUACCCAAAGGUUUGCCACCAAUAAGGGAGCUGCGAUUCCGAACCGGCCAACUUAUCGAUGUAAUUCGGAGGAGACAAAGGAGCUUCAAAGGCAAGUGGACGAGCUGUUAGCAAAAGAGCAUGUGCGUGAGAGUAUGAGUCCUUGUGCGGUUCCAGUAUUGUUGGUGCCAAAAAAGAUGUGUGUUCUUCAAGCAUUGAACCUGAAGAAAUGUGCAUUUUGUAUAGAUCGAGUUGUGUUCUUGGGAUUUGUUGUGAGUGCCAGGGGUAUUCAAGUUGAUGAGGAAAAGGUAAAAGCAAUCAAGGAUUGGCCAACGCUUAAAUCUGUAACCAAGGAAAAACAACUGAUUGCCUACUUUAGUGAUAAGCUAAGUGAAGCUGCUUCGAAUUAUUCGACAUAUGACAAAGAGCUUUAUGCUUUGGUACGCGCAUUGGAGAUGUGGCAACACUACUUGUGGUCGAAGAAAUUUGUCAUACACACGGACUAUGAAUCAUUGAAGCAUUUGCAAGGACAAAACAAGCUGAAUCGAAGACAUGCCAAGUGGGUCGAAUUCAUAGAGAUGUUUCCAUACGUGAUUUAG